AUUGAGACGUCAUCCCAAAACUCUUCAACAUUAGAUUUGGGUUUUCUUCUCUAAUGACGGUGAGCAGCUGCCACCCUAAGCCACCCCCCAAGAAGAGCUAAAAAGCAAAAGGAAGGGAGUCUUUUCCCCACCUUUCGUCUCUUUUCUAUGGUUCCUCCCCUCCCUCCACACCCUGUUCAGCAUCCUUCACCUUGGGAGAGGGGAGCCCUCCUUUCCCUUUCCAAGUCACAGGCACUGCAUCACCCCCCACAUUAAGCAUUUUCCAAAAUCCACUAGAUUCAUCCCUUUCCCUUGAAAAUUCCUUCCUUUCUCCUCUCUUCUCCUCAAAGUUGAAAUUUUUAUCCAUUUCCUGAUUCCCACUUCCAUCAAAAUUUGAACUUUCUUUUUCUGAUACCUCCUCUUGGAUUCAGGCUGUUUUGUGUCAGUCAUCGGAGUCUUUUCUUUUCCUGGAUGUUCCCCAGUUAGAAAUGCUAAGUAUUAGACUGUUUUGGAACACCUUCUGAGCCGUUUUUCUGUUUUUCUUGGAGCUGAAUAUUCUGCUGAGUGCGAGGCUUUUUGAACGUUUUCUGAUUAUGGAGGGUGUUGAAUUCUGAGGCUUUUUUGUUUUUUAAAUUUUUGGAUUUUUUUUUUUUUUGUUUCCGCUGACUGGGUUUUGGUUUCCAUGGGUCUCUGCCAUGGAAAACCAAUCCAAAACCCUGAAAUCCAAGAAGAAAUCCCCGCAGUUCCCAAAAUAGAGGAGCCCCCGCCGCCGAAUCCCGGAACCCCGAAGCAGCCCAAGUUCUCCUUCUACGUCCCCAGCCCUCUACCUAGCUCUUACAAGAGCUCGCCGGCCAAUUCGAGCAUCAACUCGACCCCUCUACGGAUCUUCAAGCGGCCGUUCCCUCCUCCAUCACCGGCGAAGCACAUUAAGGCUUUGCUCGCCCGACGGCAUGGAUCGGUGAAGCCGAAUGAGGCCUCGAUCCCCGAGGGCAGCGAGGUUGAAUUGGGACUGGAUAAGAGCUUCGGGUUCUCGAAGCAGUUCUUCGCAAAGUAUGAGCUUGGAGAAGAGGUCGGCCGCGGGCAUUUUGGGUAUACUUGCUCCGCAAAGGUGAAGAAGGGAGAACUGAAGGGCGAGGAGGUGGCUGUCAAGGUUAUUCCAAAAGCGAAGAUGACGACAGCUAUUGCUAUUGAAGAUGUGAGAAGAGAAGUGAGAAUAUUGAGCUCAAUCACAGGUCACAAUAAUCUAGUUCAGUUCUAUGAUGCUUAUGAGGAUGAGGACAAUGUGUAUAUCAUAAUGGAGUUAUGCAAAGGUGGUGAAUUGUUAGACAGGAUACUCUCAAGGGGUGGGAAAUAUUCGGAAGAAGAUGCCAAGGUUGUCAUGGUUCAGAUAUUGAGUGCUGUAUCAUUUUGUCAUCUUCAAGGUGUUGUUCACCGAGAUCUCAAGCCGGAGAAUUUUCUUUUUACUUCAAAGGAUGAGAAAUCUACCUUGAAGGCCAUAGAUUUUGGCUUGUCAGACUUUGUGAAGCCAGAUGAAAGGUUGAACGACAUCGUAGGAAGUGCAUAUUAUGUUGCUCCUGAAGUUCUUCACAGAUCUUAUGGAACUGAGGCAGACAUGUGGAGUAUUGGUGUCAUUGCAUAUAUUUUGCUCUGUGGAAGCCGCCCUUUCUGGGCAAGGACAGAAUCUGGUAUAUUUCGUGCUGUUCUGAAGGCAGAGCCAAGCUUUGAGGAGGCUCCAUGGCCUUCUCUGUCUGCUGAAGCUAAAGAUUUCGUCAAGAGGUUGCUGAAUAAGGAUUAUCGUAAGAGAAUGACUGCUUCGCAGGCUCUCAGUCAUCCUUGGGUCCGAGAUUCUCAAGAGAUUAAGAUUCCUUUGGAUAUUAUAAUUUAUAAGCUUAUAAGAGCUUAUAUAUGUUCUUCUUCUCUAAGAAAAUCGGCUUUGACGGCUCUUGCAAAGACUUUGACAGCAACUCAGCUUGCUUAUCUGCAAGAGCAAUUUGCACUUAUAGGACCAAACAAGAAUGGCUAUAUCUCCUUACAGAACUUAAAGACGGAAUUGCUAAAAUACUCGACUGAGGCAAUGAAGGACUCGAGAGUUCUUGACUUUGCUAGCAUGGUGAGUUCUCUUCAGUACAGAAAGUUAGAUUUUGAUGAAUUUGCUGCUGCGGCCAUAAGUGUGUAUCAGAUGGAAGGCCUUCAUAAUUGGGAGCAACAUGCUCGUCAUGCAUAUGAACUCUUUGAGAAGGAUGGAAACAGGCCUAUCAUGAUUGAGGAACUUGCAUCGGAACUUGGCCUUAGUCCUUCAGUCCCUGUCCAUGUUGUUCUGCAAGACUGGGUGAGACAUUCUGAUGGAAAACUAAGUUUCUUGGGAUUUGUUAAACUUCUACAUGGGGUUUCUUCACGCUCGAUUCCAAAAGCCUAGCAUCAUCUGUUACUUUCAUCAAGCAAGAUAGUUUAUGAGCAACAUUCAACAGCUGAAUUGUGAGGCAUGGAAACUGGACCAAGCCAUUCUAUGCAUGCUCCUAUUCGGGGUAAUAGACGUGGAUCUAACUGAAGCAUCAAGUCCAUUCAGAGCUCUCUCUCUCUCUCUCUCUCUCUCUCUUUCUUAUUGAGAUUUCAUUUUUUUGUUUCAUCACAUUGAUGGUUAGUGUACUGUAGUUGUUUAGAGGAAUGUACAUGGUAAGGGUAGACGGUUGAAUGGCAUUGAGGCAUGGACUGGGUAUUUUUUUUGUCA